CACGUUAUAGUUAAUACUAGUUGUUAAUAUUAUAUCAAUUCCCAUUCCCAUUCCCCCAAACCCCAAAUUUUACCCGGAAAACUCAUUUCCCAGCAAUUUCCUUCAUUUUGACUUCGGGGUCGAUCUCUACAUUGGAUCGAUCGCUCUCUCUUUUAAUCUCAAAGGGAUUUUAGAUUUGGGGGCAAAAAGACCAAAAGAGAUUAUGGCAAGUGGGUUUGGUGAAUCAACAAGCAGACCUUCACAAAACCCUUCUUUUUCAAGCAAUAACAAUAAUAACAGUGAUGCUGGUAAUUUUGAAUGCAAUAUUUGCCUUGACUUAGCUCAAGACCCAAUUGUGACUUUAUGUGGACAUCUUUUCUGCUGGCCUUGCCUUUACAAAUGGCUCCACGGUCACUCGCAAGCCCAGGAAUGCCCGGUUUGCAAGGCCCUUGUUGAGGAGGAGAAGUUGGUCCCAUUGUAUGGUAGGGGAAAGACAUCGACUGAUCCGAGAUCAAAGUCUAUUCCUGGUGUUGACAUUCCUAAUCGUCCAGCUGGGCAGAGACCCGAGACAGCUCCUCCACCCGAACCAAAUCAUUUUGCCCACCACGGCCACGGGUUUGGAUUAACUGGUGGGUUGGGAGGUUUUGCACCAAUGGCAAGUGCUAGGUUUGGGAAUUUCACUUUCUCUGCGGCUUUUGGUGGUCUCAUUCCAUCUCUGUUUAACCUGCAGUUACAUGGGUUUCCUGAUGCUACUAUGUAUGGUACCCCGGCUGGUUUCCCUUAUGGGUUUUCUAAUUCAUUUCAUGGUGGCCAUGUGCAUGGAUUCCAUCAGCGUACAGGUCAAAGGCAUCAGGAUAAUAAUCUGAAGAGGCUGCUUUUGCUUAUUGCAUUUUGUGUUCUUCUUGCUCUUCUUUGGCAAUAGCUUAGAUCUGCUAUCGGAACAUGAGCAGCUAUGCUUAGGGGUAACUCUUUGUGCGGUUGUUAUCUGUUAGUUCAAAAACCCUUUUUGUGAUUAAGAAAAUUGUCUAUAUUAUACUUUGUCUGUGAGUUUCUAACUCAUUCUAUCAGAAUAUAAAGUGUGGUUAAAUGUUUUGGUUGUUC